AUGUUGAAGGGUCAAAUCACCGACGCGCAGAGGGCUGAAGAUCGUGGCUUGUGCUCGGUCAACCUCAGGAGGAAGCUGGACAUCAUCCUCGUCGGCAACAUCUGUAAACCCCGACGUUGGACAGAGGGCCGUACGUCCGACGCGAAAGACGGAAUAAACCCCGACGAGGAACGCAAAUUCCAAACCUGGGUUGCAAGCACCACGUCGCUGGUCAUCGACGCGCUCAACACACCCUCGCGGUCCCGAUCAGCCGACACACGCACCGAGAUAAUGGCCAAUAAAGUCCGCGACUUGCUCGACCCGUUCGUGGUCGUUGACAGCGCAAGCUACGAGCACGAACUCGGUCGUAUCCUUGAGGAGGCGCUGACCCUAGACAGAGAGAUCUGCAGACAGAUUGCUAGGAUCGAGUGGGUUUUCCCUCAGUCAGAUGGUAAGGAGGUGCUCUUUGAUAGCGUGAGAAUGCGGCUGGGGACCGGGGAGGGUGCGGCGAAGGGGCCGGAGCCGCAGAUUGUGAGCUUGGUUGUUUGUCCUGGGAUGAAGAAGCGGGGGAAGUCGACGGGGGAGGAUUUCACUGUGGAGAGCUUGCUUCUUUCGAUGGAGGUCUCGUGUGAGGCGAUCCCUGCGCCGGGUGGUGAAGGGAGGGGUCGGAGGUGGUUUAUGUAG